CUCAGGGUGCGCGCGCAUCCGGUUAUUGUCUUAAACCCAACAUGGAGGCGGACGACGACCUGGACGCGCUGCUGGACGAAGUGGAACGGAGGUUCUGCAGCGACGUUUCCGUCGCGUCGUCGACCGGAAGGAGCGCGAGACACACCGGGGGACACGUGACACGCAGCUCCACGAAGCCGCCGAUGAGCGUUGUCGGCGACCUUGACGACGACCUUGACGACGACCUUGACAACGACCUUGACAACGACCUCGACGCUCUCCUGGAAGAGUUCCUGGAGGACGAGUCCGGUUCCUCUCCACUGAAGACACUGGAGUUCCCUGAAGGGACGCGAGGAGAAAAGAAGCCGUCGUCUCAGUCGGGAGGCAGAAAGUGCUGUCCCGUGUUCGCCGGCGGCAGCUCGGUCCCGAGCGGCGUGGGAACGGCGUCCUCCAAGAGGUCAUGUGACCAGCUGAGGUGCACGUCAUGUGACUUCCGGGUGCUGACGUUUGACGACUGCGAGUGGGACGCGUCCUGUGAUUACCUGUUCCUCAGGAACAACGUGCCGGACCGCCAGAAGCUCGGAGCCCGGCUGAAGAAGAGGAGGGGCUCGCGGGCGUUCGCCUGCCAGUGCAGCUGGUUCACCGCCGCCGAGCCGACGGACCUCCGGGACCGAGCCGGGCUCCGGUGGGUCUGCGGGAAACACCGGGACUGAAGUCCAGAUGACUCUCGCCCGUCUUCCACAAAUCACUCCACAGAUGUUUUGAGAUGUUCAGUUUGCAAACAGCACAAGUCUCAUUUAUUCAGUCAGAGAACUCGUAAAUAACUUUCCUGUUUUCCAACAACAACAAAAAGAAGAAGUGACGGUUUGAGGUCGACCGCUGAUCCUGUGAGGGGAAGAGGUUAAAGGAGCCAACAGAGGGCUGCAGGAAAGAGCCCUAAAACCAGGAAAUGAGUUCUAAUAAAUAUAUAUAUAUAUAUAUAUGUGUGUGUAUACUUAUAUCAACGACAAAUUAAAGAGUCGAUUCUAUUGAUAGCUACGGUAUGUGGCCUUUGCCCUGAUAGGAAAUUAUAAAUAUGUAAUUUUUUUAAUGGAGUCUUGUGAUAAGAUAGAAAUAAUAAAGACUUGAAGAACAUUAUGGAUUUCUCUGUGCAAAAAUACAGAAAGUGUUCAACUUUAGUCAUCCGGAACAACAGGAGGAGGAGAACAACAACAACAACAACAACAGCCGAAGUGAUGGAGCUCAGCAGGGUGGAUGAAGUGUUGGCGGCUGUCACAUGAUGCAUGUUUCAUCCCUUUAACCACAAAUAUUGAUGAAGCUCACAUUAAAAAAAAACAUUUUAGAUUUAAUUCAAGAUAUCAAGUUCACUUCUUUUUAACUGCUACAUUUAUUAUUCUAAAAUAUAUAUUUUUGACAUUUAUUUGAGAGCUUUGAGUUACUUUUUAAUGGCUAGGAUUAAUACAAAAUACAUUAAACAAUUAUUAAAUAAUAAUGUGUAUUCAUGUGUCAAUAAUAUUGAUAUGUUAUUCUACAUAAUAAAUAACUUCGGUCUUGA